AUGACGAACCCUCAGUCCGCUGCCCUCAGUCCUGUCCGUGAGACCUUCGAUAGUGUACCUCUCGAGCCUCGAGCCGGGCAGCCCGGAAGUAACGAGUCCCGGCAUGCUUUCGAGAACGGCCAUAUUGCCACGAAACAUGUUGCAGAAAAACAGUUUGUCGUACAGGAUGGUGACGAGGACGACACCUCCGUCGCCUCACCGAUCAAUGCUCAUGGAUAUGUGUAUGAAGACCCAGGCUCCCAAGCUCUGAACGGUGGAGGUGGACCCAUAAAGAACGGCUUCGACUCUUCGCAAAGUCCUCCAAACUUACGAGCAUUGGCCCAGUCACCUCAUAUUCCAGACCGCCGGCCUAGCAGACCAUCAUUACCCUCUUUGCCCUCCCCUGAUAUCACUGGCUCAGGGUCCUCGGUACCGCCUUCUGCCAUAGACAGCGAUGCGGCCUUGAGGCGCUUCUCGGGCGAAAGUCAGAGCAGAUAUCAACGACUGCGAGGCUUUUCGGAUCUUCCUCCGUCUCCUGUCUCGCCAAUCGGUCAGGCUGUCAACGGAGCCCCAGAAUCUGAUCGAAGACGCAACCGCAACUUGACCAUUGAUACGUCCGGUCAUGCUCUGCUAGACUCGACUAGCCCCAGUUCGCAACGUCCGAGCAAUUUACAGCGAGCGCUUUCCACCCCUGCUGCGUCUCGCGCGGCCUCCACUCCGCGCAAGUCAGAGAAGGGACGGGCUGGAUCUACGAGUCACGAGCCCGACAGACCGAAAACCGACAAAGCAAAGCUAAGGCCAUCAAUCAAUACUGGAAGAUCACUUCCAUCGCCAAUGCCUCAGUCGUUCCCACUACCGCCUAUGUCCAUUCCGACAUACCUGCAACUAGAGCUAUCGUCACAACGUCCCUCAAAUCAUUACAUUCAUCGGUCGGCAACAAAUGACUUCCCUUACGAAUCUUCGCGUGUGAAGAUAGAGCGGUUGCUGAAUUUUCUCUUUCUACCGAUGCAUCUGGAAGGCGUUCUGUGGUUCGGCAUGUUGGCAUGUUUAGACUCGUGGCUGUACACGUUCACGAUUCUGCCUCUGCGGUUGCUUAAGUCGUUCUACAUUCUUGCGCAGUCGUGGUCCACCAACUUGGUCAAAGAGGUGCAGUUUGUCUCAGCCUUCAUCUACACAGGAUCGGGCAGAAUGUGGCGGCGUCGUGGCAGGAGCGUGGCAGACCGGAAGCCAUCAGGCAGUGAGCCCGGAUCGGCAAAGAUCAAAGGUGACAUCGCGGCGCCUGGACCCACGCGCAGGCUUCGGCACCACCGGCGAUCAAAGUCAGUACCCUCGAAUCUAAUGCCCGACGACAAGGCGGACAUUCUAAAAGGACUACUCAUCCUUUGCACUUGCACAAUAUUACUUCGGUUUGAUGCAAGUCGAAUGUACCACUGGAUCCGUGGACAAGCAGCCAUUAAACUCUAUGUGAUCUACAAUGUGCUGGAAGUGUGUGACCGCCUCUUCUCUGCGCUGGGUCAGGACGUACUCGAGUGUCUAUUCUCGCGAGAGGCGCUGGAGCGGAAGCCAGAUGGCCACAGCAAAGUAUUGCGGCCUUUCUGGCUGUUUAUGCUUGCUCUGGCGUACACCAUCAUUCAUUCUACCGCGCUCUUUUACCAGGUCAUCACCCUGAAUGUGGCAGUCAAUUCAUAUUCCAAUGCGCUCAUUACGCUGCUACUGUCCAAUCAGUUUGUUGAAAUCAAAUCGACGGUCUUCAAGAAGUUCGAGAAGGAGAACUUGUUUCAGCUGACUUGUGCCGAUGUGGUUGAGCGCUUCCAACUUUGGCACAUGUUGGUCAUCAUAGCAUCACGAAAUAUUGCUGAGACUGGUGGUCUCGGUCGGGGCUUCGGGUCAAUUAAAUCGGCGGCGGCAGUCACACCCGUGUCGGCACUGAAGAACAACGUCACUCUCACCCAAGCUGCACCGCCGCUCUCUGUCUCAUCAAUUCUUCCGCUGUCAUUCACGAUGGUUCCUGAUAUGGUUGCAUCGAUCACGUCGUACGUACCGACCGUCAGCCAUGUCCUGGGACCGUUUCUGGUGGUGCUGGGAUCGGAGAUGCUGGUGGACUGGCUCAAGCAUGCAUACAUCAACAAAUUCAACAACACGCGCCCAGCGAUAUACGACCGGUUCUUGGACGUGCUUGCGAAAGACUAUUAUACGAAUUCGUUUGGCGAUCAGAAUCUGACCAAGAGGCUCGGCUUGCCUGUCAUUCCCCUAAGCUGUCUGCUUAUCCGGGCGAGUGUACAGACAUAUUAUAUGGCAGUUGCGGUUUGGGCACCGGCACCAUCUACCUCGAGCACAAGCCUGGCGAGCAUACACGAGCAGUACACAAGCAGUCUCGGCUCGAGCCCGCCCUCUACCACCGCGGCGAUUGCGUCCACGCUCGACUCACUGCUCGGCGGAAUACCGUCUGCGCUGGCAAACUCCAACGUUACGACUCACCUCACUGCAGCGCUCAUUGUAAUCAUAGCAUUCUUGGUAUUGCUAGCGAUGAAACUGGUGUUGGGCAUGGUGCUUUUAUCAUUUUCACGGAACCGGUAUCGGUCAAUGAAGGAGCGCGAGAAGGAACCGAUCUAUCACGUAGAGGGUGGGCGACGAGUUGGUGGAUGGGGUGUUGUCGAAGUCGACGAGGACAAGCGGCGAUGGAUCUACGACGAUGACGCCGGUGGACUUAGAGCGCUGCAGGAGCGAGAAGAACGGGACAAGAUGAAACGGGAUAGAGAGCGAGAGAAAGGCGUGGGCGUGGACAGCUUUGAUAAGGUCAAGCGCUAUGAAAUGAUAGCGAAGCGAAUAUGGUAG